AUGGUCUCGUUCACUUCUCUCCUGGCCGCCUUCUCGGUGGUGAGCGGCAUUUUGGCCAGCCCCAUUGCUGUCGUCCCCGAGGUCAGGACUGCUCUGGCGAAGCGCACGCCCAGCUCUACCGGCAUCUCGGGCGGUUUCUACUACUCCUUCUGGACCGAUACCCCCAACAGCGUGACCUACACCAACGGCGACGCCGGCAAGUUCAGCGUGAGCUGGAAGAACAACAAUGGCAACCACGUCGGCGGCAAGGGCUGGCGUACGGGCAGCGCCAGGACCAUCAAGUACUCCGGCUCGUACAAGCCCAACGGCAACAGCUACCUCGCCAUCUACGGCUGGACCCGCAGCCCCCUGAUCGAGUACUACAUUGUCGAGAGCUUCGGCACCUACAACCCCUCCACCGGCGCCACCAAGAAGGGUCAGUUCACCGUCGACGGCUCCGUCUACGACCUCUACACGAGCACCCGCACCAACGCCCCCUCCAUCGAGGGCACCCGCACCUUCACCCAGUUCUGGUCCGUCCGCCGCACCAAGCGCACCAGCGGCUCCGUCAACACGGGCGCCCACUUUGCCGCCUGGAAGAACGCCGGCAUGAACCUUGGGAGCCACGACUACCAGAUCCUUGCCGUCGAGGGCUACAAGAGCUCUGGCAGCGCCACCAUGACUGUGUCUUGA